GCCCGAGUGUACGCCGCCGUUUUAGUUCGGCCUCGCGGACGCGCGAUGGCGCUUGCCGUCGGCGAUGAUGACCGGCCACUGCUGCUGCUGCUACUUUCGACGUUUAUAACACGACGACGACGACGAGCGCAGCGUAGACGACGAGUUGUAUCGCUGCUGCUCGGAUCGCGUCUACCACCUCAACGUCUAAAGCCACCGUGAUUACAUCGCCAAGAUGACGACUUCCUCGGAGGAGAUUCUGAUGCAGGUCGAGAAGGUUAAGUACAAGAAGAGCGAUGGCACGCUCUACGUCAUGAGCGAGAGACUCGCUUGGAUACUCGAUGAGAAGGACACCGUGUCGCUCAGUCACAAUUACGCUGAUAUCAAAACUCAAAAGAUCUCGCCCGAAGGCAAGCCAAAGAUUCAGCUCCAGGUUGUCAUGCACGAUGGAUCGUCCUCGACUUUUCAUUUUGUCAAUCCGGAUGGGCAAGAGGCACAGAUCAGAGACAGAAAUCUCAUCAAGGAACUGCUGCAACAGCUACUGCCUAAAUUUCAGAAGAAAGUCAACAAGGAAUUGGAAGAAAAGAAUAGGUUACUGCAAGAAAAUCCAACUUUGCUACAGCUUUACAAAGAUUUAGUAAUAACAGGCGUUAUAACGUCAGAAGAAUUUUGGGCUCAGCAUGCUACUCAAUAUACAGAAGCAAGUAAAGCACCUCGUCAAGAAAUUGGUGUAAACAGUGCCUUCUUAGCUGAUAUUAAACCACAAACUGAUGGUUGCAAUGGAUUAAAAUAUAAUUUAACGAUAGAUAUUAUUAAUUGUAUAUUCAAAACAUACCCAGCUGUCAAAAAGAAGCAUCAAGAAAAUGUGCCUGCCAAAAUGACAGAAUCCGAGUUUUGGACAAAGUUUUUCCAAUCUCAUUAUUUUCACAGAGAUCGUAUGAACCAAGGGACCAAAGAUAUUUUUACUGAAUGUGCAAAGAUUGAUGAUCAAGAGAUGAAAAAAGAUGUUCAAGCAGGAGUGAACGAUCCUAUGGUAGAUAUUACUGGCUUUGAUGAUAUUAAUAUGGAAGAAAUAUACGUUGAUACAAACAAGCCAGAAAAAUCCACUGGAAACAUAGUUCAUCAAAAUAUGAUUAAACGAUUUAAUCAACAUAGUAUUAUGGUGAUGAAAGCAAAUAUUGCUAAACAAACUGAGAAUGAAAAGCCACAUACUAAUGGUUCUACUUCUCCCAAAAAAGCUAAUAACAAUAAUGCAGAUUCACAUAAUAGUUCUCCCCAGGCUAAGAAACGCCGUAUACAAGAAAAAUUAGUUUAUGAGGAUCUUGAAUCAAAUUUAGAAACUCAGAGGAAUGAAGAACCUUUAGUUUUAGAACAUGUUGAUAGAUAUUUACAUGGGCCGGUGUCAAAUGUGGAAAAUAUUACAGAUAUGGAACACUUAAAAUCUGCAGCAGCAUUUAUGGUGAGAGAAACAGAAAGGUGGUCCAGGGAAAAUUUUUUGCCGAGGCAACCAUCUUCAUCGUUAGUGUACCCUCCUGCUGCUGUGGCAGCUUUAGGAGAGCUGACGCCAGGUGGAUAUCUAAUGAAAGGUUUUCGUGAAGAUAGUCUCAGCCAAAUGAUACCUCAUGAAUUAGAACGAGACCUUGCAAGCGUUUACGUAUGCACUUGUGAAUUAUUGAAGCAUUUUUGGAGAGCUUUCCCAGCCACGACGCCACAGCUCGAAGAAAAAGUCAUCAGAAUGCACACGGCACUGCGAAAUUUUCACAAUGUCAAGCUAAUGCCGUUCGAGGAUCGCCUACAAAGAGAGUACUCGGUUGUGAGCCAGCACUUGACCGCUCACUUGAAUCAACUGCUCAACGCUGCCUACAGAAAGUACAUCGUCUUUCAGAACCGUAAAACUGAAAGAUCGAGAUAACCCACGGCCACUAGCACCGCAGCACCACAGUUUUACGACAUGUAGUGAUAGAUCAAAAAUUUAUUAUUCGUAUAUCAAUUAUGUCGCGAUAAAGCGUCGAUGCUCGAUCGAUGAAAAGCUGAAAACUUUUGUACGGUUUUUUUUAUUGCACAAUUCUACGCUGCAUCGCUCGACUGAAAAGUUACUAUUUUUUUUUUCUCUCUUUAUAAACCGUUUAUUAUUAUUACUUUUUGUUGGAAUGGCGUUGAACGAUUUAGUAAUACUCAAAUUUGCACGAGACGAUAGUUUAUUUUUUCCUGUAAAAUUAAAUUGUUAUUAAUUUAAGAGAAAAAAGAACUUUUAGUCUCGAAACAACGUCGAAAUAUCCAAUCACCGCUCAUCAAGCUGCGAUAUCACAUAUACAUAGUUUUAUUUUCGAAUGAAACGUCUCCACCAUCGCCUCUUUCAAUUCUGCAUCGAGGAAGUAUUUUUUUUUUAACAUAAGCUCUCUCGAAAGCUCGUUAAUUAAAUUUCUCGCAUACACACAUAUUUUUGCAAUCUCAUUUGAAUAAAAAAAUAAAGAGCC